AUGAGUAGUCUAUCAGACGAAUGCGCGCAACCUUUAGACAUUGCCAAGUGCUGGCUAAGCUGCCUGGGACAGACAUCUGCAGCCGGAGACGUCGCCGCAUUCAGCGACAUGUUUGCCUCCGACGGAUGGCUCAAAGACAUACUCUGUCUAUCAUGGGACUUUCGCACCUUGUCUGGCAGGGACAAGAUCGCCUCAUAUGUAUCCGAGGAAUCCAGAGGCAUGACACGCCUCUCCCGCGCGGGACUCCAUGACAUCGAAGUCGAGCUCUCUUCCACCCUGGGACCACCGAACUUCAUGUCUCUUCCCUUAGCGUCGGACGGUGAAGGGGUCCGCGCCACCUUCCGCUUCGCCCUUGCAUAUCCACCGGCCAAGGGAAGGGGCUACGUGUACCUGGUCCAAGACGCGUCCGAAUGGAAGGCUUUCAUCCUCAUGCUCAGCUUGAGAGACAUAAUCGGACAUGAAGAACCGAGCGAGCGUCCGCUGGGCAUCUUUCCGGACCAUGCGACAUGGGAAGAAGUGCAAGCGAGACGGGCUGCUGCGACAGAAGCGGACCCUACAGUGCUGAUCGUGGGAGGAGGUCUUGCGGGCUUGUCGUGCGGCGUGCGACUGAUGAGAUUGGGUGUACGCGCGCUCAUUGUCGAGAGCGACGCGCGUAUCGGCGAUGUGUGGAGAAAGCGUCGGACAUAUCCGAAGUACAUGUCCAAGGACAAGGUGGCGAACCAACUCGAGCAGCUCGCGAUGGGCGAAGAUCUAGUCGUCUGGACGUCAAGCACGCUCCUCCCUACACCCGAAUACGACGAAGAGACACAGCGCUGGACCGCGACUGUCGAUCGCGCUGGCACAAAGACGAUUCUGCGGCCCAGGCAUAUCAUCAUGGCCACCGGCUACGGCGCGCCGAACAUCCCUCACGUACCUGGCGCGGAUGUGUUCCGGGGCGUGAUGUAUCAUGCAGACGAGCACCGCGGAGCUGCGCCGUUCGCGGGCAAGGACGUCGUCGUUGUCGGAGCGGGCAACACGGCGUUCGAUAUCUGCCUUGACUUCCAUGUCAAGGGAGCGAGCAGCGUGACGAUCCUACAGCGCAGCGCCACCUGCGUCAUGUCCGUGCAAACGUCCGACACGCUCCUCCACAGCGUCGCCUAUCCCGAGAAGCUUGACAUCGAGGACGCAGACUUCAACGCGCAGCACAUGCCCGUCCACUUCACGUUCCGGCUCGUAGCCGCCGUGGGCGUGCAGAAGCAGAAGGAAAUGGACAGGGAGCUGCUCGAGGGCUUGGAGAAGGCGGGGUUCCGGCUCACUUGGACGCCCGACGAGGACGGCGAGGAGCUGGGCGUGGUCGGGUUCGUCAUGAAGAGGAUGGGGUCGGGAGCGCUUCUGGACGUGGGAUGCGGACAGCUCAUAAUCGAUGGCAAGGUCAAGGUGAAGCGCGGCGAGAUCAAUAACCUCGAGAACGACUCCAUCGUGACCAACGACGGCACACGCAUUCCCGCGGAUGUGAUAGUCCUUGCGACGGGCCGCCGCCCCACGAUCGAGACGAUCACGUCGCUCUUCGGUGAGUCCAUCACCGAUACGAUCGGCACACAGGUGUGGGGCCUGGACGAGGAGGGUGAGCACAAGAACGCGUACCGCCCGACGGGACAGCGCGGCCUGUGGGUCGCGAUGGGCAUGUUCGGGCACCCACGGUACCUGAGCAAGUACCUGGUGAGUGUCCGGUGA